AAGCUUCCUUCUUUGUUUCCUCUCCACCAAAGCGAGAGUUCGGAAUCCCUCUUCUUCUUCUUCUUCUUAUAGUUGCGCGUUUCUAUAUCCCCGAGAGAAAAAAAGGAGGAGAUGGCGGAAGAGAAAAAAGUAGCUCCGAUUGGUGUGUGGAACACUGUGAAGCCCUUCGUCAAUGGCGGUACCUCCGGUAUGCUCGCUACCUGCGUUAUCCAGCCGAUCGACAUGAUCAAGGUGAGGAUUCAACUAGGUCAGGGAUCUGCAGCCAGUGUGACCUCUACCAUGUUGAAGAAUGAAGGCAUCGGUGCUUUCUACAAGGGAUUAUCUGCUGGUUUGCUGAGGCAAGCAACUUACACCACUGCCCGUCUUGGAUCAUUCAAGAUGCUGACUGCGAAAGCAAGUGAGGCGAACGAUGGAAAGCCACUACCUCUGUAUCAGAAGGCUCUAUGUGGUCUAACAGCUGGUGCAAUCGGUGCUUGCGUCGGUAGUCCAGCUGAUUUGGCGCUUAUCAGAAUGCAAGCUGAUAACACCUUGCCGUUAGCUCAGCGCAGGAACUAUACCAAUGCGUUCCAUGCGCUUUACCGUAUUAGCGCUGAUGAAGGAGUCUUGGCACUUUGGAAAGGUUGUGGUCCCACUGUGGUCAGAGCUAUGGCUUUGAACAUGGGAAUGCUUGCUUCUUAUGAUCAAAGUGCUGAAUACAUGAGAGAUAACCUUGGUCUUGGGGAGACUUCCACUGUCGUAGGAGCAAGUGCUGUUUCAGGAUUCUGCGCUGCGGCUUGCAGUCUCCCAUUUGACUUUGUCAAAACUCAGAUCCAGAAAAUGCAACCGGACGCUCAGGGUAAAUAUCCAUACACGGGUUCGCUCGACUGUGCCAUGCAAACCUUGAAAUCAGGAGGACCUCUGAAAUUCUACACAGGUUUCCCUGUUUACUGCGUCAGGAUCGCCCCUCACGUCAUGAUGACAUGGAUCUUCCUGAACCAGAUUACAAAGUUCCAAAAGACCAUUGGUAUGUGAUCUUCAAGCGAUCCUUGUGAAGUGAGGAGCCAAUAAUAAGAUGGGAAAGAACGAAAACACAAUUGGAAUUGUGUUCAUUUACCUUUUUAACAAUAUACGUGCCUUAGAAGCAUUAUUGGAACUGUUUGAGACCUGAGAGAUAUUCUUUUUGCCGUAGUUGAUUGGUCCGUGAACUUUUAAAAUUUUAAUUUGGUUU